AUGUCUCUUUCACAUACAUAUGAAACCUUAGGAAAAGAUAUAAAAAAUCUUCAAUUAAAUUUUUCACAAAUAUUAACAUCAGAUUGUUAUUAUAAUACAUCAGAAAUAAUUAAUCAUAUAAAACAUAUUAAUAAUGCAUUGGAUAAUAUUAAACUUGAUUAUGAACUUCAACAUGGUUCAAAAAAUUCGGCUAAAAAAUUAGAAACAAAUAAAAUGGAUAUUAAACAAUUAAUCUCAAAAGGAAAUGACCUUAGUCAACAAUUGAAUACUCGUCUUCAUACAGUUACGAUUAAAAAUAAAGAACAUAAUCAAAUACGUGAAAUACAUAAUUGGGCAUGUAAUUCAUUACUUGAAUAUCUUCAAAGUCUCCAUCCAUAUGCAUCUGGUUCUUAUGCUCGAUUAGAUAAUUUAGCACAUGAUCUUGGUGUUACUGAUCGUUACGUUGGUUAUCGAAAUAAUUUAACACGUAAUGGAAAUCAACCAAUAAAUGUUCAUACGAUUUGGGCUGAUCGAAAAUUACCUCAAUCAUCAAUACCUGAUUGGAAAGAUUGGAUUCAUUCUUUUCGACAUAAUAAUUUAUCAAUAACUACUUCUGAACAAUCAUCAAAUAAUAAUCAAAAAUUUCUUGAUUCUAUAGGAACUACACAACCGACAGAAAUUCAACAUUUGAAUACAAGAAAAAAUAUCACAUCACAAUCAUUUGUCUAUGCUAAUGAUCAUAAUACACAUUUGAGUAAAGCAGGAAUGGAUAUUAAUUAUCCAGGUAAAACAGAAUCUGCGGUUCGUUUUGUAAAACCAGCAAAACCAUCUUAUUCUCCAUCUCUGCCUAUUGCACAACCUGAUUAUACUUUAACCGGACGACCAUUAGCUCAUCUUGCACCUGAAUCACCUCCUACUGAAUAUGUUCAAAGUUACAUAUAUCCGGAUGCAUCAAAAGUUGAAAGAUAUCCAUGGCUUCGUCCAUAA